AUGUACUUGAAGAAGUUCCAGGACAAGGGUACGACUCACACCCUACCACGGACUCACACCCAACCACAAGAUCACACACCGCCACAGACUCACACCCCACACCACAGUCACACCCCACCACAGACUAACACCCACCACAAACUCACACCCCACCACAGUCACAUCUCACCACAGACUCACACUCCACCACAGUCACACUCCACCAGUCACGCUCCACCACAGCGUCACGCUCCACCACAGACUCACACCCCACCACAGAGUCACACUCCACCAAAGACUCACACCUCACAACAGUCACACCCCAUCACACAGUCACGCUCCACCACAGACUCACACCCACCACAGACUCACACCCCACCACAGACUCACACCCCACCACAGACACACACCACACCACUGACUCACAUCCCACCACAGACUCAACCUUAG